AUGGACGCAUGCAUCGCUCGAGGUGGAAUUUCUCAUGUUUUGUUUCAGGCUCGAGCUUCGCUUAAUAAUCCAUCACGUCCAAUCACCCCACACACCUCUAGCCGUUCGCUUUUUCACAGCGACGACAAUCGUCCCGAAUCACACCUAAGCUUAUCGAAUGCAUUGCUAGAACCGCAACAAAUGUUGCCACCUUCAAUUUUCAAUCUGAAGUUGGCACAUGCCCCGAUUCUUUUGAAUGAUAACGCUGAAGAUGAUGCAACUGGUAUAGCGAUGAGAGAGGUAGAACGUGAUCUGGAAGCGUCUCUUAGCCUACCAUCGAAUGAUGAAUUGCAAACGUCUUAUGAUGAAAUCGAGCACUGCAUUAAAGAUAUUCAUGGCUUAACAAGUUCACGAGAAUUUGUUGCUGCCAUUGGGCGUUUGCGUGAAUUAUUGGAGAACUUUUUGCAUCUCAGUUUUUUCUUACAAGUUGGUAUUAAAACUGUAAAAGACGCAUCAGAUGUGAAGUUACACAUAAAGCUCUUUAACAAGCUUUGUACUGUAUUGCUCGAUCAGUGGGAGAUCAAUGCAACAUGUUUACUCGAGCUCGCACCUUCUCUUUUGGCUUUGUAUGGUAUUAUACCAAGUGACGAUGACAAGUUUUCCAACAGCGCACGUAUUUUAAAAUUGAGUAAGAUGCUUUUUGGGUUUAGCAGGGAUAGCAAAAACGAUAAUUGCUUCUGCAAUGUUCGCUAUGUGGAGGCCAUUCUCUCCGCUAUUUCUAACACAAGCAACAAUCAUGCUGAUGAAAAAAACUCAACAAAUACCAAUGAUGUAAUCAUAUCAUCAACAAAACAUCAAAAAUUUCCUUUGAAGUUACUUAUAUACAUGACUGGAACAAUCAAAAACAUUUCUGAUGCUCAAGAUAAGAUGGUUCAUUUGCUGGCUACUAAUCGUGCAAUUGCAACGUUAAGUGAGACUUUAUUAUGGCGAACUGAUGAAGAAGCUGAAAAGAAAGAAGUGGCGCAAUUAUUGGUUCAAAUUACUGGAAUUUUACGCAAUUUGUCUGUCGUCAGAACAUAUCAAAAGCAGUUUCUUGAAAGUCAUAUUCCUUUACGAUUAUGCAGAAUAAUACCGGUAUACAUACCACAUCCAGAGUUAAUGGUCAAUAUCUCCCGAAUUUUGGGUAAAUUAACACUACACGAACUACCACGAGCUCAAAUCAAUCAAGACUUAAUGAAUGUCCAAAACAUUAUGACUUUAAUUGAUCCUCAUUACAAUACAUGGAUUAAACUUGCAAAUGAACAUUGUACCUUUACGCGAUUUCAAGAAUUACUUUUUGUUCGCGUUUUUUUCAUUCUCGGUAAUUUAUGUGCUGGCAACGACCAAAAUCGAAGUUUGAUUGGCACGAAGAAUGGGAUUACGAACAUUUUAAUAGUUUUGCAGACUUAUGCUAGGCAUUAUCUGAAUGACGAAAACACAAUGAAGUCUACACAACCAGAAGACUGUCGUUGUGACGGACAAGCAAAACAGGCAAUGGAAGUUCUUGUCAAGCUUGUACGUGUGCUUGCAAAUUUAGCCAUUAAUGUAAAUGUUGCUACAGAGCUUAAUGGUCAGGAUUCAAUCGAAAUCUUACUGGAUAUUUUGAAAGUCUCUCAUCAAGCGGGACACGAGGAGCUUAUGCUGAAUACUGUAAGUUGCAUCACUAAUGUAUCGUAUUAUACUACAAGGCAAAGUAGCGAAACAUCCUCCACUGAUUGCUCAUUCAAGUAUAAUUUUAUCGAAAGCAAUCGCAUUACCAUUGUACAGCUUUUGUCUCAAAUUCUUUUGAGCAGAAAUGUGGAAGCUGUUGUGGAAGCAGCUAGAGCUUUUGGAAAUUUGUCACGAUUUCAAGAUGUGUUGCCAUAUAUGGAUCAACAUAAAGUGCUUGAAUGUCUUGUUGUUUUAUUGGACCACAGCAGCCGCGAAGUUGUAUGCACGGUGUGCGGCGUUUUGAUGAAUGCAGCUCUUGAUAUCUCUACGCGUGAGAAAUUACUGGCUAUUCGUCCCCUUAUUGACAACGAUUGUGUUGACAUUCGAAGCUUGUUAGUGGAAAUUAUUGAAUCUGCUAACCUACAUGACAUUGAUAUGACGCUGAUCGCGAGUAAAGUCCUUUACAAUUUGCUUUUGUCCAGGAAUCACGAGCCAUCUUGCAAUAAUAAUGCCGGUAAUUUUGCUUCCGAUGCACGCCAGACUAUUCAAAACAUUUUAGAAAGCACUUACACCGCACAAGCUCCGAAAAAAGACGAAAGAAGAAGAGAUUCUGAAUUAGACCGUGAUAUAAUUGAACCUGAAUCCUGGCAAGAAUUGCGCUUGGUUCUUUCACGAUUACUAAAAAUCUGGAUAUAG